AUGACUACCCGAAGGGAUAAUUACUUCAUAGAUACCUCGGCCGUAACUGAGGAGGCCGGAGGAGAAGAUUCUAUGGUGAUAUCAAGGGCUGCUAGCCCAGACCCCCUAAUUACGGGAGGACCCUCUACAACAACUAGGCAAUCGAGUAAACGCUCUGCUCAAGCCCAGUUCGUGAGGAAUAUGCAGGAGUUUUUGGAUACCCAUGAGGCACAAAUGAGGUAUCUUGGUUCAGCUGGACAGGCCGUUUGGCAGCAGCUACAAAAUCUCCAGGAGCAAGUCCAAGGGAGUGGACAAAUCCUGGAUAAGAAAGUACGGCAAGAAGCCAUUGCCCAAAAACAACAUCUCGAGUCGCUCUUUGAGCUCGUCACCCAUGUCCAACAAAUGCAAGAAACCGCACGAGCCGCCGACCAUGAGGUUCUGGACCGUAACCAUCGGAUUACCCAGAACCAACUGUUGGAAGCGGAGCGACAGCUGAGAAUGGUACGAGAAGAGCGGGAGCAGGAGAAAGGGGAACAACGGGCUAUGUUUGCGCAAUUCAAGCAGUCCGAUGAGAUAAGAAACCAACGAAUAGCCGAGAUGGAGGAACUACUGCGACAACACCUGUCAGUAGCACCUUCCGUGGCUAGUGCUCCCUUAGACCCUAACGCGCCCCGAACGGUUCCUGUUGACAAUGGCAAGAAACCCGAAAAUCCUGGCCCAGUAGGAGGAAAUGCUGGUCCCGUAGGAGGAAAUGGAGGCAGGCGACCGGAGGAUGCCGGCCCCGUACAUGGCAAUAGUGGCAGAGGACCGGUGGAAGCUGCUCCAGUUGGUGGGAAUGGUGGGAAUCAACCUCCACAAAACCCACCAAGAGGAAACGUUGGGGGAGAUCCAGAACCUUCCGACGACGAUGACGACGAUAACAGUGAAUGGUCGCACGGUCGGAAGAAUUGGAGAAGGAACCGAGGCGGGAACCGGAAUUAG